GGCGCGCUGCGAACGAGCGCUAGUCUCGUGUUUCGCCUCGUCUUGAAUAACGUUCGUUCAGUGUCAUAUUCGUGUCCUCGUGUUGUUAAAUACUUUUACUUCGUGACAUGUUUUAAGUUCCCUCAAACAAGUGUUUCUUAUUAAAAUUAACAAAAAAAAUGUGUUCAACAUAAUUUAUUCAAUAAUAACGACCAAAUAAACGACAAUAUGGGUUCGAAAAUCGAAUACGUUGAUUCGUCACACUUAUACGCUACAAACUACGUCCGUAAUUCGAAAGCUAUAGGUGUGCUUUGGGCUAUAUUCACAAUUUGCUAUGCGAUUAUCAGCGUUGUUGCUUUCGUGACACCGGAAUGGAUCGGCGAUUUAGAGACGGAGUAUCCGAGGAAGUUUGGUUUGUGGCAGAUUUGCAGAGCUGAUGAAGCGGUUGAUGAUUGCAAAGGAAGAUUGGAUGAUUUCUUUUCAAUAAAUGGAUUGGUUUUUAAGAUUGCGACUGUGUUAGUGGGGGCGGCGGUCGCAUUAGCAUUGUUUACUAUAUGCGCGAUGUUGUUAUUCUUCUUCUGUCAAUCGACAACCGUCUUCCACAUCUGCGGAUGGCUGCAGCUUAUCUCUAAAAAUAAAUGCCCAAAAGUAUGCACAGAUAUAGGUGCAUUUAAAAAGGCAGAGAAGAGUCCGGAACAAGUCAAAGAAGAGAUAAAAGAGGCCCAGGAUGCUAAAGCGAAAGGCGCUGAUCAAAAGAAAGGUGAAGAUGAAACCGAGGAACAAAAAGAGCCGAAGACUGGGGAGCAACAUUACUUUGAAAUCAAACCUGGGCCUGAUGGUAAAGUAGACUGGACACCACUCGCGGACAUGACGGGUACAAGACCUAAAGUAAAUAAAUACUCCAUAAGUCGGUACUCUCUGAACGAAUGGCGGCAUCACAACGAAAGAGUCUUAGACCCGACAGUGAUCACUGAAUCGAAUAUAAUCGAUUACAAUGCUAAAACAGCGAUGAUGCAAGCGUUUGGUACCAUUGAUAAACAACAGAACGACAACAACGAAAGACUUAAACAGAAAGCUAAAGACUUAUACAGAUGGAAAGUAGAAGUUGAAAGAGCUUGCAAAGCUAUCACAGAAGAAGUAGAACUAUUAGAGAUAGAAAGACAACGUCUUAAAGGUGCUUCCAGAGUUCUAAUGUUGCCGGAAUCUAUAUCUAGGGAGUGCUUGGAUCUACGUUCAAAUCGGUACGAACCAGAUCUAGUCUCUGAUUUAGCCGAACAGGAACUGAUUAAAGAAAUGAACCUCGUCAGUGAUGUAAGAGCUACACUAAAAAGUACACUCGAGAAAAUUGAAGAACAAAUGCUGAUAAACAAGGCCGCCAAACAUAGGAUCGAAUACGAUUGGUGCGACAAAACUAUGGCCUAUGAUACCGAGACUAUGAACAUAGGUCUUAAUACUAAAACAAACACUAUACUGUUUAAACCUGGCUCCACUAGAUUCGGAGAGUUUUCAGCACCCUUGGAAUAUUGGGAAUUUUUUUGUAGGGAAAACGUACAGAACAGUGAAGCCGCUAGACAGAAGUCUGCAGACUUGCGAGGCAGUUUAAACGCUAUUUUAGUAAACGGCGGAAGAAAAUUAAGAACUCAAGCUGAUAAGACUGAUAUAAUUUUAGCAGAAACUGUUGCUAUAACUCAAGAAUUAUGCACCAAAUUGGAGGAAACCUUGAGAAAUACCCUCCAAAAGAUCGCAGACAUGGAAUCGUUGAUAGACGAUCUCCACAACUCCAUUCGAAAGAUGGACGCGGCUAUGAAGUUGGCACAAACAAGAUUAGACAAUCGUAAUACAUUUAGAUGUCACGGAGAAAGUGUGAGAGAUCAGCCGCAUCUCGGUUUGAUAGAAGAGGUUAAAAAGAUACAUGAAACGGUGACAUCUCUUCUCGGGCAGCUGAAAAAGGCGGAGAAAGUGAGAAAAGAGUUGUGUGAGAAGAGAAUAGCGUUGGAGAAAGACAUCGCAUCGAAGAGGAAGACGUUAAAUAUUGAUAGAGAUAGAUGCGGGAUGGUGCGAUCCCAUUAUCCAUCUGCUUUAGAAUUGGCUGGAUAUUAACAAAGCUAACGUUCUUCUGAUUGAAUAAAUUUAAUGUCAACUCAC